AUGUCGGCAAAAACACCAAUGAAAAUCGACCACACUCAUCCACUCUUCCUUCAACCUUCAGAUACGCCUGGAUUUGUUCUAAUUCCGAUUCAGCUCACAAAAUCGGAGAACUAUGGAUUAUGGAGUAGAUCGAUGCGUCUUGCUCUCAAGGCCAAGCGGAAGCUAGGGUUUGUAACAGGAGCGUGUGCAAAGGAGUCAUUCGAGAAAAAUCUCCAUGAGGAAUGGGAGACUUGCAAUGCGAUAGUGCACCGCUGGAUUAUGAACUCUGUUUCGAAAGAUCUGCUUAGUGGUAUCAUUUAUGCAUCAGAUGCACAAGCAGUUUGGGAAGAUCUACAGGAGCGAUUUGAUAAAGUAAAUCGAGUUCGGAUUUUUCAAUUACAUAGAUCGAUUUCGAGACUAUAUCAAGGAGCAGAUUCUGUAGCUGUAUAUUUCACCAAAUUGAAUGAGCUGUGGGCUGAGUAUGAUAUUUUGACAAAUUUGAAUGAAACAACUGAACCCACAUUUGAUCAGGCAUAUGCACUCAUAACACAAGAUGAGAGUCAGCAAUGUGCAGGAGGUGGAGUUCUAGGCCACAAGUCAGAUCCCUUAGUCAUGCAGGCAGGCAGAGGUCAAGGAUUUUGUGGAAGGAAACAAUUUCUGCAAUGUGAACAUUGUCAUAUGAGAGGACACACAAAGGAAAAUUGUUAUAAAAUAGUAGGAUACCUUGAAGAUUUCAGAAGGAGGAAAACAUUUCAUCAUAAGGGGAUUCUAACAACUGCAAAUCAUGUGGAAGGUUCAGUGAAUCAUGAAGAAGGAAAUAUGGCUCAGAGUUCACAAGGAACAUCAGGCACAUCACAAGCUAGAGGAGGAGACCACUUAUUUACAGAAGCACAAUAUCAGCAGAUUCUAGAUUUGUUGAGAGACUCGCCACCAAAUGGCAUGAAGGCGCAGAAUCAGACAACAGCUGCAGAUUUAAUGAAUGAUGUAAGAAGAGUAGAUGACAACAUACAAGAUAAAGUGACAUUGCCAAAUGGUGUCACUACAAAAAUUGAACAUGUGGGGAGUUCAUAUUUGUCAGAUGUUGAUAAGCUAGAGAAUGACCUUUACAAUGGCAGGGUGAAGGCGAUUGGUAAAGAGAAUAAAGGUUUGUACAUACUGAAAGGAAGAAGAAUCAAACUUUUAGCAGCAAAUGUGGAUGUAGGAGGUUCAAGUGCUGAAACAGCUUACUUGUGGCAUGAGAGAUUAGGCCAUGCUUCUGUUCCUGUAAGGCAACAUGUUUCUUUUUUGCAUAAUAAAGUAGAUGAUAAUAUGCAGAAUAAGUGUACUGUUUGCCCUCUAGCUAAACAGUAUAGAUUGAGCUUUCCUAACAGUGAGAAAAUGAGUGCUGGAUGUGGUCAACCAGGUGGACUACCAACAGGUUCCAAUCUUGAGGAAUCAUUUCAGGUUCCUGCUACUGCAGACAUAGGUAACAGUUCACCAGUAGAGUAUGGCAGUAUUCGAGUGAGUACUGAAACAUCAACAACAGAAAAUCUAGAAGGACCAUCAGUGUCAAAUGAAAAUCAUGAUGCUGUUGUGCUGGAGAGUGUUGAAGUCUUCUCAGUCUUGAAGGAGCCUUAUAACUUCAAAGAAGCUGUAGAGGAUGAGAGAUGGAUCACGGCCAUGGAGCAAGAGAUACAAGCAUUAGAAGAUAAUAAGACUUGGGAGGUUAUUGACUUGCCACCAGGAUACAAUCAACAAGAGGGGUUGGACUAUCAUGAGACAUUUUCACCAGUUGCAAAGAUCGUAACUGUUAGGUCUGUGAUAGCGCUUGCAGCUGCAAAAGAUUGGUCCCUACACCAAAUGGAUGUCUUUAAUUCUUUUCUUCAAGGAGAUUUGUUUGAAGAAGUCUUUAUGGAUUUACCACAAGGUUUUCAAAGUUUGGAGCUGAUCUCUGAAUUGGGCUUAAGUGGUGCCAAGCCAGCUUUGACACCACUUGAAGUCAAUCAGAAGCUUACAAGUGUGGAAUAUGACAGAGCCAUUGGGAUACAAGAUAAAGAUCCCUUGGCAGAUGCAAACAAUUAUGCAGUCCAGACUUUGAGUCAAUUUAUGCAACUACCUAAGAAGUCACACAUGGAGGCUGCUUUUAGAGUAGUGAGGUCUGUUAGUGGAUAUGCAGUCAAACUUGGUAAUUUAUUGAUUUCAUGGAAAUCAAAGAAACAACACACUGUUUCACAAAGCAGUGCUAAAGCAGAAUAUCGCAGCAUGGCAUCAACAGUCUCAGAAAUAGUGUGGCUUUUGGGCUAUUUUCAGAGUUGGAAGUGCGAGUCCUUAAACCAGUGA